AUGCGCGCUAGUGAAGGAAGCCGGGUUUGCGGUUAUGUUCGGCACUCAGUGCGUGCUCUGGAUACUCAGCUCAAUUCGCUGAGUGGAUCGGUCGGCUCACCACGGAACAUUGAACCAUACACAAACAACCCAACAUAUACACAAAUACCUGCUAGUCCUUAUGUUACACAAGAAAUACAUGAACCAGCUUCAUUCAGUCAGACACACAAUCACACACAAAACAGACAAAUAAUACAAUAUAACGAAAAUACACUUACACAAUUGAGAAACAACCCAACAGGAGCAAACCUCUCCGUCCAACUAUGGCCAGCACAAGAUGGUUACGAGCAAAAUCAUCGUGACACAAAUGAAGAAAGAAAUAGUCGAUAUAUAAAUUUACAACCUGAAAGAAGAGACAAUAACAGAGAACAAGAACGCCUAAUUCGUAUAGAGGCUGAACUCAAAAGAAUGAAUAGUAUCUUGGAAAAAGUACUAAAAUGUGUACAAGAUAGCCAGACUUACAUACAAAAGCCAAACAGCCUCCCAAUCACCUCUUUGGCUCAGAUGGAUGCCUUCGAAAAUUUAAACGAGAAUGAUUAUUCCAAUGUCGUGAAAUACUUCAGUUACAUUGGUGGUUUCAACUUGAAGGAAGCCGUAAACCAAUGCUUCAAAGAAGGUUUCACAGAUGCUUUGGCAUCUUCUUUUACUUGGUGGGGGGGACAUGAGGACGAUGAAUGGCGUAAACGGCCGUUGUAUAAUGCCCGAUUUAUAACGGCAAUCUAUGAAGCCGUAUGUCGGAAUAGAUACUUUGAAAAACCAACUCGCUCAGAGUUCCAAGCUUGCAUGAAAGAGGCUCUUCGUACAGCGAAGGAAAGGCAUCGAAGCCGAACUCGUGGCCCACGCCCGCGAAGAGCUGCAAGAGAACAGAUCCGUAGAGAUCUUUGGAAUGACGAAAGAGAGGAUGAUAAUGAGAACGAUGAAAAUGAGUCCAACGAUUAAAGCAUUAGCGAUUGGGCUCGGUACUACGGACAAUAUGGAUCAGAUUGGGCUAGAUUAUACUUACUGGAGAAUCAUUCUUGCUUUCGUUCGAAGAAGUUCUCUAAAAGAACAUGUGUAUCGUAAGAUAAAUACUGUAAAUACUGUUAAAAUAUAAAAGAAACUACAGAUAGAUGUCGUAGAAAGUGCGCUUCGAGACAGCGCAGCGUUGCGAGCGAGGAUUGGCGCUGAUGCGCUAGACUUCCGGUAGCCAGCUUCGGGCUACAGGCGGUGAAAUUGAACGUGCGUCCGGCGAGAUCACUCUGUUCCUUCGCGAAGGGAACUGAUAUGAUAUAGGGUACGUUCCGUUUCACACAUGAUAACAUGAUGCACUGUUCAUCCUUGUUGUUUGUCAAACGUUAAACAAGGAUGAACAAUGCAUUAUGCGCAUCAUGCGUUGAAACGGAACGCAGCCAUAGUUGUAAACGGUUCGCGGGAGUUUUUCAUCAAUUUAAUUUUUUGUUCUUAGGCCCGAUUCCACAACUCACGGUUAAAUUAACUGGCCGAUUAUUCCAUUAAAAAUGACCAAUCGUAUUUGUCGUUAAGCAAAAUUAACAAAUACGAUUGGUCAAUUCCAAUGGAAUAAUUGGCCAGUUAAUUUAACCGUGAGUUGUGGAACCGGGCCUUAGUUCGUUGUUCUUAUAGUUUUGUUCUUUAAAAAGAAUAUAAGUUUUGUUACCUUACAGUCUGUAAACCUAGUGUUCUUUCGUUACCUGCACUUUCUGUCCACCGAGAUCUGUAUAUAAAGUUUACUUACCUGAUUCGCAUCCUUCGUUGCGAUUUCGGUUGCGCGCAAAAUAGUCGUCGGUUAUUGCCACUCGGUGCGAAAUUCCUCGACCUUCAUCCGUCCUGGCAUCAUUUCUGUUAUUUGAAACUUACCGUUAUAGCCCAAUACAAUAAAGUACUUAAUCUUUCAAUGUAUAUCGGCGAGAGAACAAAAUUAAAUUCUUAUUAUUAAAAAUGUAUUGACAUAAUAUUAUAAUUAAUAAUUUUAUUUCCUUACAAUCCCUAAUUAAAAUAUAUAUUAUAUGGUAUGUAUAGGAUUGACCAAAAGUAUUAGGCAACGAUAUAAUUUAAUUUUUCAAUAAUUUCUACUGCCACAACGUUUUUUCUAACGUUUUUUUCUAUAGAGAAAUAUAUUAAUGCAAGUUUUAAAUUGGCAUUUAAAUGGCAAUUAAGAUUACGUAACGAACAGACUGUUCGAUUUCUGCUGCCAAUCUGUCGGCAGGUUAUGUCAGCAGGCUCUGCUCGAUUUCUGCUGCCAAUCUGUCGUCAGGUUAUGUUAGCAAGUUCUGCUUGAUUUCUGACAGCAGUUUGGCAACAUCGUUAGAUAUUACAGACUCUGUAUAAAAUUUGUUGCCAUUCUGUUGUCAAAAAUUGGUAGCAUGCUCUGCUCAAAAUCUGUUCUGCAGGCUUGGCUAUCUGGGUAACGAAUAUGUACUGGGAUCAUACAUUUAUAAUAUAUUAUCAUUUUUUCCUAACAUCAUAAAAAUAUUUUUACCUAUUCUCAAAAUAUUCUGUACAUAAUAAAAGAAACGUUUUCACACAGCAAAAUAUUUCACAGAGAUGUUUUAAAGAUAUUCCAUAAAAUACGUCAAAAUAUCUGUUGCAUAGCAACAGUCACUAUCAAAAUAUUUUAAUAAAAAAUUAUUCUAAUUUUA